AUGCUUUCUAAACUUGUCAAACUUAGAACAAUUCAAUUUCUUGGGAAAAAAAAAACUGCAAAAAAUCAAAAUGUAACGAAAGAAAUUCAACGUAUUAAUUCCCAAGAAAUAGAACGUAAUAUCUCCGCGUCGGGAUCGUGGCAUGCACAAUAUAAAGAUUCCCCUUAUAUAUUUGUUGCAAAUGUUCCCUUCGACUUGACAGAAGGUGAUUUAAUUGCAGUAUUUUCUCAAUAUGGAGAAAUUUUGGACAUACAACUAGCUCGUGAUAAAAAUACUGGCCAGUCUAAAGGAUUUGCUUUUUUGAAAUAUGAAGACCAAAGAAGUACUGUUCUAGCCGUUGACAAUUUGAAUAAUAUUCAAUUAUUAGGGCGUACGAUACGAGUAGAUCAUGCAAGUGCUGAGACGAAAGAUGGGCGGCGUAGGACGGGAAUGAAUGCCGCUCCACAAUCGAUCAGAGAUGAAGGAAAAUCAUCCGAUUCAGAUUCUGAAGAUGAAAUCUUACCACUUCAGAAGCUACCGAGAUUAUUGGGAUGGCAAGAAUAUCCUUUACCAUCAAUGAUACUGAAGGAUACUUCAAUGCGUUUUCUUUCCACUAAACUAGGACAUCAAAUGAUUCCGAGUGAGAACGAAGAUGAAGUGGAUCAGAAAGAUAAU